AUGGCGCAACGUUUCCCCCCGGCCGGUGGGCCUCCGCAGCGUUACGGUUCACCCGGUGUAAAUCUUCCCGUAAUGCGUCAGUACGGUCCAGCGAGCAGUUUCGGGCCUCGAGGUUACGCACCUCCCUCUCCGAUGGGCGUUCCGUCACCCCAGACACAACCGCUGCACCAGCGUCCUAUGCAGGUUGGCUUUCAAGGAGCCGGAAUGCGAGGAUCCCCCAUGCCGGGUAGCUCGAGUGGAGGAGGCAAACGAGGAGCAUCUGACCGAAAUGCAGCUCACGCAAAGCACGCCGAGUACCAGGCGAAGAAGAAGAAAAAGCUCGCCGACAAGAUCCUGCCGCAAAAGGUGCGCGAUCUGGUGCCUGAAUCGCAGGCAUACAUGGAUCUGCUGGCAUUCGAGCGCAAGCUGGACUCAACCAUCAUGCGCAAGCGGCUCGACAUCCAGGAAGCGCUUAAGCGCCCAAUGAAGCAGAAGCGCAAGCUGCGUAUCUUUAUCUCGAACACGUUCUACCCAGGAAGAGACGCGUCCGAGGGCGGUCCAUCCGGGAUGGAUCCGUGCCAACCGAUGGCCGGUGACGGGUUGGUCGCCUCGUGGGAGCUGCGUGUCGAGGGCCGACUGCUGGAGGACACCAGCAAGGUGGAACCGAGCAAGAUGAAGCGCAAAUUCAGCAGCUUCUUCAAAUCGCUCGUCAUCGAGCUGGACAAAGAACUAUACGGGCCGGACAACUAUCUGGUCGAGUGGCACCGAACCCACACGACACAGGAAACGGACGGGUUCCAGGUGAAGCGAACGGGUGACCGGAACGUUCGCUGCACCAUUUUGCUGCUGCUCGACUACCAGCCGCUGCAGUUUAAGCUGGAUCCGCGCCUAGCCCGAUUGCUGGGUGUGCACACGCAAACGCGCCCCGUCAUCAUAUCGGCGCUAUGGCAGUACAUCAAGACGCACCGGCUGCAGGACGCGCACGAACGCGAGUACAUCGCAUGCGACAAGUACCUUGAGCAGAUCUUUGGCUGCCAGCGGAUGAAGUUCGCUGAAAUCCCGCAGAGGUUGAACCCGCUGCUGCACCCGCCAGAUCCGAUCGUGAUUAACCACGUUAUUACGGUCGAGGGCAGCCAGGAUGGUAAGCAGACCGCCUGCUACGAUAUCGACGUCGAGGUGGACGAUUCGCUCAAGAACCAGAUGAGCAGCUUCCUGAUGAGCACGUCGAGCCAGCAGGAGAUCCAGACGCUCGACAGCAAGAUCCACGACACGGUUGAGACAAUCAACCAGCUGAAGACAAACCGGGAGUUUUUCCUCAGCUUCGCCAAGGAUCCGCACACGUUCAUCCACAAGUGGAUCGUUUCGCAGAAGCGCGAUCUGAAGGUGAUGACGGACGUGGUCGGGAAUCCGGAAGAGGAACGCCGGGCCGAGUUCUACUACCAACCGUGGACAAAGGAGGCCGUCUCGCGUUACUUCUUCACGAAGGUCAAUCAAAAGCGGGCGGAACUCGAGCAAGCGCUUGGCAUCCGGAACUCGUAGGACGGAAUCAGAGCUGAGGUGCCAUGGCGCGUAUUUUAGAGUAAUGCGAUUUAUCUUUAUAUAUACACACCUGACUAAUUCCGCUUUCGAUAGUAACAGGAUGGAACCAACAUCGUACAAAACUCACGUGUGCCGGUAAUUAGAAUCAAAUGCGACGAGGGUAGAAGUAUAGUAUGAGUGUAUACACAAAAUUAACCAUAAAAUAUAUGAACUCUGUAUACGAUUGUACUUUGAGCGUAAUUAAUCAGCCAUGUUUUGGGUUCAUGUAAUGGUCGUCUAUUUUUC